GACGUCCUGAAAAUGGUCAGGGGGACACUUACCCAGCUGCCUCCGCGGUCCAGUGUUUGGAUAAGCGACCAUCCCUGGCUAGACAUACCCAAUAUCAUGCACUGGCAUCUGAUGGGCAAGAAGAGCACAGAUACUCAGAUGCAGCCUGAAGAGAGGGACAGAGAUACGGCUCCGUUUGCUGCAUCCUCAACUGGAGGCAGAGAACUGGACAGGACACUGGGGCCAUCCUCUCCCUUCUGGGCUUUGAUCAGAACCUUGCUGACCACAGAACAGGACGAGGUGCCAGUCAACCAAAACAUAAAGCACAUCCAGAAAAUGCUGGAAGAAAGAAGGCAGAUGGAUGAACAGAGGGAGCUCUACAGACAUGUACAAGAGGUGGCAGACUGGUUGUUACAGGCUUUGGUAAGGAAGCAGAGCAACUCCAGCUAGAUACCAGGCUCAAAGGUUUGCCCUGAUGCAGAGACAAUGUGUGCUAUCAGACGUUUCCUUUUCUUUGGACACCUCCUUGAAGUCAAGCUUGAGAGGGAAAUACAACAUAUUAAAUAAUAAUAAUAUAUAUAAUACAUAAUAUUUCAGGCUGAUUGUAUGUAUUACAUAAAUAAAGUCCUAGGUUAUAUUUUUGUAUGUGGACCCCUUCCUGUUAACAGUAACUAUAUACUUACUGUUUUAUAUGAAUUUAUCAACUGGCAUUAACUUACAAC